UACCGCGAAUCGAUCGAGAAGCAUCAGGUAUGGGGAGGUCGCCGUGCUGCGAGAAGGCGCACACGAACAAGGGCGCCUGGACCAAGGAGGAGGACCAGCGGCUCGUCGCCUACAUCAGGGCUCACGGCGAGGGCAGCUGGAGGUCGCUUCCCAAGGCGGCGGGGCUGCAGCGCUGCGGGAAGAGCUGCCGGCUGCGGUGGAUCAACUACCUGCGCCCCGACCUCAAGCGCGGCAACUUCACCGAGGAGGAAGACGACCUCAUCAUCAACCUCCACGGGCUCCUCGGAAACAAGUGGUCUGUGAUCGCCGGGCGGCUGCCGGGUCGGACAGACAACGAGAUCAAGAACUACUGGAACACGCACAUCAAGCGAAAGCUCCUUGCCCGCGGCAUCGACCUGAAGACGCACCGUCCGCUCAGUGUCCCCACCGCCGCUGCCUCACCAAGCAGCCGUCCCCAGGACCAACUGGCGGUGCGCUCCAGCUGCUCACCGGAGACCAGCGGCGCUUGCCACAGCAGCGACGACGAUGGCUGCGGCGGCGGCAUCGACCUCAACCUGUCCAUAAGCCCGCCGAGAGAAUCGCCGUCGCCGUCGUCACUGCCGACGACGCAAGAAGCAGAAGCCACAUGCAGCACGACCGUAGUGGAUGUGGAUGCAUCCAGUGAAAAAAACUAAUAAGCCCUGAAGGAAGUACGACUCGUUUAGGCCUGAUGUCUGAUGAUGAUGAAAAUCCUUGCUUGGGGCAGAACUCCAUGAUUUGAUGAAGUUGAUCUGUUCACUGUUCCUUUGACUUUUAUAGUAAUAGCAUCUUUGCCGGUUCAUCUUUGUGCUACUCCUUCACUAAAUGACUAAAAUGUAUGAAACUUUAAUCUUUCCUA